UUGGAACCAAUUAUCCGCGAUAAACGAAGGAUUACUGUAUACCUGCCUUUUUUCCAUUUGUGUUCCCGUGCUGUGCUUGUUUUCGUUGUAGUAAUAAGUGAAAAUCAAACAUAUAUUACACUUUUGCGUAUUCGUUCCAGAUAAACGAAAAAGCUGUCUUUUGAUUUUAGUCUUUUCGUUUUCAAACGAAAAUCAAAUAACCUGUCGCUUUUCAAUUUUAAAUGCCAGCUUCCAAACGUGCAAUGCCCAAAAGACACGGACCGACAUGUGUACACACCACUAGACCCCCCCCCACACACACACACACGCACGCACACUCACUCAUUCUCCAAGGUCGACUUCAGAAUCACAGUUGCCAUGGUGAUGGGAGUGCGAACGACCACUCACUCGCAUGGUUCUCUCUCUUUCUCACUCUGUCUCUCUCAAAUCGCCGUCGUCUUUCCAACAGGGAAGGAAAGCAAGUGCCUCUUCUCCAUCCUUCUCCUUUUCUUCAACUUUGUUUCACGUUGCUUCUUUACAUUUUGACUGACACCCCCCCUCUGUCCUCCCUUCUUUCUUUUCUCCGUCGAUGCUGAGUGAGAGCGUCCGGUAAGGAGGCGCGAGUGGAAAGCAGAAGACAGGACGGGGAAAAAAAGAAAGGAAGAGAGCAUGGAGGAGAUCAAGAGCAGCUGAAAGACGCCAAGCAACAGCUCAGCAACCAACAAUCACAAGUCGAUCACGACAUAGCAUGGAGGCAAAAGGCAGGAACGUGCUCACAGAGCCCAGCUUCUUGGGGCGUCCGGCCCUGGCAUGGUGUGAGCGCGGCAUCCAGGUGCUGCUGACCAGCAUGGGCGCCUUCGCCGCCUUCGCCCUGAUGACGGUGGCCAUCGGCACAGACUACUGGCUGUACGCCCGAGCAUUCAUCUGCAACAGCACCGCCAAUUCGUCGUCGUCGCCGCAGGACGAGGGCGCCAGAGACAAGAAGGACCCCGGCGCCCUGACGCACUCCGGACUCUGGAGGAUCUGCUGCCUCGAGGGCUUGAAGCGAGGCGUGUGCUCGCAGAUCAACCAUUUCCCAGACGACGCUGACUACGACCAAGACGCUGCCGAGUAUCUGCUGCGUGUAGUGCGCGCGUCAAGCAUGUUCCCCAUCCUGAGCGCCGUGCUGCUUCUGCUGGGCGGCGUGUGUGUGGCCUCCAGCAGCUUCUACAAAAGCAAACGAACCAUCAUCCUGGGAGGAGGAAUUCUCUUUGUGGCGGCAGGCCUGAGCAACAUCAUUGGCGUGAUUGUUUACAUCUCGGCGGCACUCAGCGACAUCUCGCCCAAGAAGGACGAGGACAAGAAGUGGCACUACUCGUAUGGAUGGUCCUUCUACUUCGGCGGGUUGUCCUUCAUCUUGGCUGAGAUGGUGGGGGUCCUGGCCGUCAACAUCUACAUCGAGAAGAACAAAGAGCUGCGGUGUCGCUCCCGCGUCGACCUCUUCAAGAGCACCACGCACGCAAUGCUGCGCCUGCCCAGCUAUCGCUUCCGCCGGCGCUCGCACUCCAGCUCACACUCCACCGACCCGCCUCGUUCGGUGGAGACCUCUCCCGUGGGGGCCAAGACCUUCAGCCUGCCCCCGUCUGCACCCCCCUUCUCCGUGGCCACCUUACCCAACCCUCACCAUGGCGGAGGCGGCGACAUAUCCAUGUACACCCUGUCCAGGGACGCCAAGCUGGGCAGCCUGGGUGGCGGUGCACCGCCCCUCUACGGCACCAUGGACCGCGCCACGCUCUACCAACUGCACAACUACUUCCCCAAGGACGGCGGCAGCGGCGGCGGCACGCUCCCGUCGCACUCCAAAUCCAACCUGGCAACCGCCGCCCAGAACGCCGCCCCGCUGAGCAGCGCCACCUCUGCGGCGGGCAGCGGUGCUCCCGCAGCCGGCGCUGCGCCAAUGUCCACCAUGGAGCGGGACAGAGGCAACGUGGGGACACUGGACCGCCUGACGGCCAAACGGGACCGCGACAGCAACUCGGACACGCUCAACAGGAAGACCACACCUGUUUAAAAAGUGAUUGACCGAGCAGGAGCAAGGAGGCCUUCAAAAUCCUGUCCUGACUUUUGGAACA